GCGGGCGCAUCGCGAGAAUUGUCUCCUUACACUAUUUCGCGGAAACGCAAUAGAUUAAUCUUGAUGAAGAUACUUUUUUACCCUCCACCCUCGUUACCUACCUAGUUACAAUAUACUAUCUGGUCCAACUGUUUGUUUGUUGUAAAAUUAAUAUUCGCAACGCCCUUUCAUUAUUUAUCAGCGCCGACCAAACGACCAAAACGAUCAAACGACAUCUCAGCCAAACGUCUCACCCGUAGCUCUCCCACUAGCAAACGCUUUCCGACACAGCGCAAUGUUCUGCCUCCGAAGUUGGCUUCCUCUCCUCUUCAUCCCAACAAAUGCCUCUCCUGCCUUCAUCUUCCUUUUCUUCGUCUGCACGUACUUCCUAAACCGACCCUGCGUUUACUGUUCCAUCCUCCUCCUUAUACUCUUCGUGACCUCAUGCUAUUGGUCAGAUCGGUGUUUCUUCGAUUUCAGCAGCAAUUGGUUCGCCCCGCGACUCUCAACAUCAUCAUAUCCGGUCAACGGAACCACGAUAUCCGAACCCAUGGUUGACAGUUUCAACGCUACCGCUGUUGAAAUGCUGAAUACUACAGCUACUGCACUUGCAAGUGCUGCAGCCGACGAGUUAGCCAAGAAGAAAGAAGAAUGGACAGGACUCGGCAUAGAAUGGCUCCGAAGCCUUCUAGGACGCCGGGAGUGGAGGAUCGAAUGCAUGGACCUAUACAUUCGACUAUAAUCGCACAUUAUACGUCAAGCGUGAUAUGGUAUAUGAUAUCAGCUAUGGCCUUGAACACCCUAAGUCCUGGGGCUGUACAAACACAAUGAGUAUAGAUAUGAAUGUAUAAAUGCAUGGUACUGGCGUUAGUUGGACUGCGGAUAAGGCCGUUUUUCUUGGACACUCACCUCAUAAUAGGGGUAUAGUCACAUCACAUCAGCAUCUUGAUGAGGGCAACACGCAUCCCGAAGAGCCGAAGGGAUAGCGUAAAUGUAGGCAUAGAAUAAUAGGCAUUGAUCCAAGCGAGAAUCCUUGACAGAACUAUUAAUAUAAAGAAUAUACUCAAGCAAGUUAUAUUCACUAACUAACGGGCAUCAUCCAUGCUUGAAUAUUUUCAAAGGGUCCAAUAAAUCAAAUACGUGCGGAUAGAAUGGUUCAAUAAUAUACUAUUAGGUACUUAAGUCUA